UGCAACCUCAGCUAUAUAAACAACAGACCUGUGCAUGACGAGCUUACCGCAGCUGCAUAAUCUUUCGCUACAAGUUACUGCACUUCACACGAAGUAGCACUGAGAAGAUCUAGAAAACGUGAAUAGAGAAGGGAAAUUUCCAAACUUUACCAUAGACAGCGACUCGACCUCGAGAAAAUACUGAUUUAGCUGUAUUUAUUGCAAGUUCAAGCAAACCACAGCAAAGAUGGCGGAUUUUUUGCAAACAAUAAUUCAGUUCGAGAAGGAUCACUGGGUGGCACUCUUAGUUGGGUUCCUGGUUGUAUUGUUUUACUGGUACUGUGUUGCCCCAUUCACUGUGUUCAUGAAACUUGGAAUCAAGGGACCAAGACCACUUCCUUUCUUUGGAAACUCAAUCAGGAACCUUUUUGAUCCAAACAUUCUUCCAAAACUUCAUGUGGAAUGGUACAAGAAGUACGGCAAGGUGUUUGGGAUAUAUUUUUUCCGUCAGCAUAUGCUAAUGGUUGCUGAUCCAGACAUGCUUAAAGAAAUUCUUGUUAAAGAUUUCUCUAAAUUUCAUGACAGAAAGCCCAUUGUAGAGAUUCCAAAGCCUUAUAACAAAAUGUUAACCAUAGCACAAGGUCAGAAGUGGAAGGAUAUUCGCAACACUCUGACACCAACAUUCAGCGCAUCUAAAAUGAAACUGAUGAUGACUUUUAUGAAUCAAGCUUUGGAUACAUUUUUGUUGAAAGCGGAGAAUGCUUCCAAGACUGGAGAGAUUGUAGAUUUCCACAGGUGGCUUCAGAGUCUUACCAUGGAGGUCAUUUUGUCAACUGCAUUUGGAGUCAAAGCAGAAACGCAAACAGUUGAAAAUGAUCCAAUCACUGAACUAGCAAAGAAGGCCAUGGCUCCACACCCUCUUGUUGCAUUAGUGUUGUUAUUACCGUUUGGAGACCGUUUAUUCAAGUAUCUUCCAGACCCUCUUGAUUUUGACAAGAUUGGGUCUGUAGCAGCCGACAUUAUUGCUGAACGGACUAAAGAAAAUGGAAAUCGUAAGGAUCAACGAAAAGACAUGCUCCAAAUGAUGCUGGAUGCAAAAGAAGAAACAGGAGGAGAAAAAAUUGACAAUGAAGACAUUCAAGCCCAAAGUGUCGUAUUCCUUCUCGCUGGAUAUGAAACUUCUAGUACCACCCUGGGGUUUGUUUGUUAUCACCUCGCCCUUGAUACGCACAUGCAAGACAAACUGAGAGACGAGAUUGACCAUAUGUGGCCUGGAGACGAGGCGUCGCCGUCGUAUGAUGUCAUUCAUAAGAUGGAAUACCUCGACAUGGUUAUCAACGAAGCACUCAGAAUGUAUCCGCCAGGAUUUGCAAUCCAGAGGGACUGCAACGAGACUUGCACUAUCAAAGGAGUUACAAUUCCAAACGGAAUGCCAAUCUUGGCUCCGAUUUAUGCCAUUCAUCAUGAUCCAGAGAUUUAUCCGGAUCCCGAAAAGUUUGAUCCAGAGAGAUUCACGGACGCAGAGAAAGCAAAGCGUCAUCCCUACACAUAUUUGCCGUUUGGCCACGGUCCACACAACUGUGUCGGUAUGCGAUUUGCUUUGCUGGAAAUUAAGCUGACUCUGGUAAGGCUGCUGAAGAAGUUCAAGCUGGAACGUACCGAGAAAACAGCGCACAAAAAAGCAGAGGCCAAAUUUAGCCUCUACAACCGAAAAAAAUUAUCGAAUAACGCAAAAUUUUACAGAUUCACAGGAAGUACAAAGAUGGCGGAUGUUCUGCAAGCAGCGUUUCAAUUUGCCAGCGAUCAUUGGAUUACUCUUUUGGUCGGAUUCUCGAUCAUAUUAUAUUAUUGGCAUUGGGUUUCGUACUACACUGUGUUCACGAAACUUGGAAUCACUGGGCCUACACCUCUUCCACUUUUGGGAAAUACGAGACAAACGCUUCUUAAUCCAAAUUUUGCUCCAAAACUUCAUGUAGAGUGGUGUGCAAAGUAUGGCAGGGUGUUUGGAUUGUAUUUGUUCCGGACGCCUUUUCUAAUGGUAGCUGAUCCAGAAAUGAUCAAAGAUAUCCUCGUUAAAGAAUUUCAAAAAUUCCAUGAUCGAAAGCUCAUCGUAAAUUUUCCAAAGCCUUAUGACAGGAUGUUGACCUUAGUACCUGGUCAGAAGUGGAAAGAUAUCCGUACUACUCUGACUCCAACCUUCAGUGCUUCUAAGAUGAAGCAGAUGAUGACAUUUAUGAAUGAAUCCGUGGACACUUUCAUUGAUAAGGUGGACAAAAUUUCAGAAACAGGCGAGAUAGUAGAUUUUCAUAAGUGGCUUCAGAGUCUUACCAUGGAGGUCAUCUUGUCAACAGCAUUUGGAGUGAGAGCAGAAACACAAACUACAGAAAAUGAUCCAAUCACUGAACGAGCAAAGAAAGUCAUGACUCCUAAACCUAUCGUUGGGUUAACAUUGCUACUGCCGUUUGGAGACCGGUUACUAAACUAUCUUAAUGAUCCCUUUGAGUUUGACCCAAUCGGGUCCGUAGCAGCCAAUAUCAUAGCUGAGAGGACAACGGAAAAUAGUUACAGGAAAGCCAAGCGAAGGGACUUACUCCAAAUGAUGCUGGACGCAAAAGAAGAAACCGGCGGACAAAAAAUUGACAAUGAAGAUAUUCAGGCCCAAAGUCUCGUUUUUCUAAUCGCUGGAUAUGAAACUUCCAGUACCACCUUGGGGUUUGUUUUUUAUCACCUCGCUAUUGAUACGCAUGUGCAAGACAAACUGAGAGAUGAGAUUGACCGUAUGUGGCCUGAGGACGAGGCGUCGCCGCCAUACGAUCUGCUUCAUAGGAUGGAAUACCUUGACAUGGUCAUUAAUGAAGCACUCAGAAUGUAUCCCCCAGGAUUUGUACUCCAGAGAGACUGCAACGAAACCUGCACUAUCAAAGGUGUCAAAAUUCCACAAGGAAUGCCGAUCAUGGUUCCAUGUUAUGCUGUUCAUCACGACCCAGAGAUUUAUCCAGAUCCCGAAAAGUUUGAUCCAGAGAGGUUCACAGAAGACGAAAAAGCAAAGCGUCAUCCGUAUGCAUUCAUGCCGUUUGGUCACGGCCCCCGCAACUGUGUCGGCAUGCGAUUUGCUUUGCUGGAAAUUAAGCUGACCCUGGUGAGAUUACUGAGGAAGUAUAAGCUGGAACGGACGGAGAAAACAGCGGUUCCAUUGGAUUACGUUGUUACCUCUACAAUGUCCUGCCCGCAAGGACAAGUAAUGCUGAAAGUUUCACCCAGAGAUUAGAAAACUAAGUGGUGCCUGGACAUCAACCUCAAUUACUUUUACACUGCUUGACAAGUUUAUGUCAG